CAGUAAAAUAACAAUAAUUUGUAGAAGUUGUUUAUUUCAUUGGGACCUAUUCGUAGACAAUACUUGCAGAAGUAAUUUCAAUUUCUAAUUAUAAUUUUCAAAACAUGACUAAAUUUGAAGUGAUAAUUUUGUUCGCCGUCUUGAAAACAAUGAUCAUAACCGCAUUUUCGGAGUCCACAGACACACAUAUGUUUCACCAAACUAACGGCAAAAUACUAGAAAUCCUUGAUGACUUAUUCAUUGCCUUGAGAAUCAAUAGAAACUUCUCAAAACUUAAAAACGUACAAGAGUAUAUGUCCAAACACAGUUUUAUACAAGAAGCGCUUUAUAAAAACCAUAAACAAUAUAAAGAAAUACGCGAUAUAAGUAAAACGAAUAUUAGCCAUAAAAUUGCUUAUUACAUUUCAAACAUUAACGAAGUUGUUGACGAAAUGAUAAGGAAUGAAAUUGUAAUAAAAGACGAAAAUUACCAGAUUAAAAACAAUACACUCAGUGAGAGACAAGACUUUGUUAACUUAGCGCGAAGAUUUAAUUUAAAUGUCAAAACACUGGCUGCACCUGUUCUUAAGUUACCAAGCACAAAAGCUCUAAGCAAAGAUGAAGCGCGGCGUAUCUUCGAAGGCAGCAGCACGGGAAUCAAGCGGUACCCGUUCAUGGUGAGCGUGCAUGUGGCGGGGCACUUUGUGUGCGCUGGCUCGCUUGUGCACGAGAGCUUAGCGCUCAGCGCGGCCUCCUGUCUCAUACGUCCUUCAGAUUUAAAUGCACACGUCCAAAUCCGCGUAGCCAGCGACUUCGUCAGCAAAAUGGGCCACCUCAUAAACAUAGACGAGCACAUCUUCCACCCUCAGUUCGAUCGGACCACUCUGGCUAACAACCUAGUGCUUUUACGGACAAAGAAAGCACUGCGAUUUAGAAAACAGCGCGUAGUAGCCAUUCAAUACGACACGGCGGCUGCAAGCGCUCUGAAACCCAGCGUUGAAAACGUCGUCAUACUGGGCUGGGGUCGAAGAAAGGCAGAUGAAGCAGACCUGCGUGUAGAAGACCGACCGCUUUCGGAAGCAAAAGUCGAGCUUUACGACUUUAGUGCCUGCCAGUAUAUCUACACAAAAGAUUUCGUUACUGAGAAGGCUUUCUGCGCUGGGUUCGUUGACCGAGGCGCGGGAGCAUGCAAUCACGAUGCCGGCGGACCGGCACUGGUGGACAACGUAUUGGUCGGAGUUAUCAGCUUCGGUUCCCCACACUGCGGGGCCGCAGAAGCACCCACAGUCUUCACUCGACUCGGUCUCUACGACAAGUGGAUAAAUAGCGUGUUUCAGAAGCUCACCCAGAAUUCAGAAAUCACCUCCGAGACAAAUGAACUGAAGGACUUUACUGACAACUAUGUAAAGGAUGAAAUACUGAACGUAGACGAAGCCAUGAAGGAUGUAUACCGAGAGAACUUCAACGUCAAUGACGUACUUUACGGGCCAAUAGAGACAUUAGACGACAACGAUAACCCUAUGGUAUUUAACCAAUCAUUCUUGCGAGAUUUUCCCAGCGACUCAGAUUUGUUCCCUAAUCCAGAAUUUGUGGCAAACUUACCUCAACCUGAAACCUCGAAACCAAUUAUCCCCGAGAUACCAGACGAGUACUGGAGGGAUAUCUCGUCAAACGAACAGACAGAUCCGACAGACGAGAAUUAUGCACCUGAAGACCAGUUUGGUACACGAACAGAGGCUACAACAGUUACAAAUCUAGCAUAUGGCUCACAAAGCAUUUACGAAGAGAACGACGAUUCUACAAAUGAAUACACUACAACAGAAGCAAGUGUAGGUGAAAAUUACUUUGUCAAUAAAAAUAAUGAAAACCCUGAAGAAACCUGUGCUAUGGAAUAUAUUUUAUGCAAAAAAGGUAUUAAGAAAGGACCGAAAGCUUCUGAAAGUAUAACUCAAUACCCAGGAAGAGAUAUUGAACUAAAGCAACCAAUAAAUACUAAAAUUGAGAGUGCUGAAGAAGAUGAUAAGGCAGUUAUUGUAAUGUUGGAUUCUGGUACUACUGAGAGAAUUGAAGUGCAUAAAAGCGAUCCGGUUUACGAAAGAGGGUUUAAAAUGUUAGCAGCUAAGAUUCUUCAAGCUCGGGAGCUUGUUUAGACUUUUAACAAGGUGAUCUUAAACGA